GUGAGGGAGGGAACGCAUAGAGAAACGGAGAAACGGAAUGAGAGGAGAUGAAGGGUGUUCAAGUACGGUUACAUUCUGCAGGCACCUCGAGCUUGUCUGGACACCAGAAGUUUCUCAGUAUAACAAUGAAUCUAAAUUAUGGAUAUACAGUCAUUGUUCAUCCCAUAAGCUGGCUGAUCAAUAAUUGAAGAGGAGAAAUCAAUGCUGACUGUUUCUGAGCAACACCUAUUGGGACAUACUGUGAGAUUAACCGCUGGUAGGCAAUUGCAUUCCUUUUCACUUGUCAGGUUAAACCAACAACAAAACGUCUAAUAUAAUCCUGCCAUAGCCCAAUGUAUUGCACUCUAUUCAGUCGCCCAUAUCAUGCCACACUGACUCUGUAUUUAUAUCCCCAAACAACUCUCCACUAAGAUCUCUGAUGAAUACAAAAUGAAUUUGUCCAUUUUCAUUUCGAUUAGUUCUCAACCAGAUGGAGACAUGCUCUUCAUAUCUUGAUAAGACUGGUUCAUUGCCCUUAGAGAGGUCAUGAUAGCUUCCUGAAAUUGAUUUUAGUCCUGGCUCCAUUUCAUUCUUCAAUCCUCUUUGUACUUGCAGCAGCUCUCAGGAUCUUUUGUAAUCACAAUGUACUUUUUUUUUUCAUGUUCAUGUUGAGGUCAGAAUGAUCCUCCUGAUAUUUGCUCUCAAUGCGGGUCUAGCAAUAUGGCUUUUCAGAAGAGCUUUUAUAUCUUAUGCUGCGAUUCAGAUUCUGGAAAGAUAUGCGAGAUGUUCAUUAAUGCACUUUAUUUCAAAUCCACACAUUCUUCAUGAGAGGAAAGUCCCCAGUGACUCAGUGAUGCAGCAGUGUCUAAUAAUUUAUGGCCUUUUGCAGGGCUCUUCACGUCUUAAAAUGUCAGACCACGAAGACCUGAAUAAAGCCAUGGGACACUGGAACGCCUCUGAAAGCUACCAGCUCAACCCAGCCAGUGUCAUUGUGUCUGUAGUCUUCUCGCUCAUCUUCCUCCUGGGGACCAUUGGGAAUAGUUUGGUGCUGGCUGUGCUCCUCAGAAGUGGGCAGGUUGGGUAUAACACCACCAAUCUGUUCAUCCUCAACCUCAGCGUAGCUGAUUUCUUCUUCAUCAUCUUCUGUGUGCCUUUCCAAGCAACCAUCUACUCUCUGGAGGGUUGGGUCUUUGGGUCCUUCAUGUGCAAGGUGGUCCACUUCUUCAUCAACCUCACCAUGUACGCUAGCAGUUUCACUCUGGCCGCGGUGUCUGUGGACAGGUAUCUUGCCAUCCGUUACCCCCUGCGCUCCAGAGAAUUGAGAACGCCGUGUAACGCCGUAGUCGCGAUGGUGGUCAUCUGGGGCCUGUCGCUUGUUUUUGCCGGGCCAUAUUUGAGUUACUACGACCUGAUUGAUUUCGAAAACAGCAACGUUUGCGUGCCUGGAUGGGAGGAGCAGAACCGUAAGAUUCUGGACACCUGCACCUUUGUUUUUGGCUAUGUCAUUCCUGUGCUCAUCGUGAGCCUGUCCUACACCCGCACUAUCAAGUACCUGUGGACCGCAGUGGAUCCUCUCGAUGGGAUGUCGGAGUCGAAACGAGCCAAGCGCAAGGUCACCAAGAUGAUCAUCAUAGUCACGGUGCUAUUUUGCAUCUGCUGGCUACCGUACCAUGUGGUCAUUUUGUGCUACCUCUACGGAGACUUUCCCUUCAAUCAGACCACCUACGCCUUCAGGCUGCUGUCCCACUGCAUGGCCUACGCCAACUCUUGCCUCAACCCUAUCGUUUACGCCCUGGUCUCCAAACACUUUCGCAAGGGCUUCAAGAAGGUGUUCAGCUGCAUCCUCAGCAAAAAGGGACGAAAUAAGGUGCACGUGGUCCAUGUGGCCAACACCGUCCCCGGCUUCGAAGCGGGAUCCACUGAAGUGUCUCAUAUGAACGAAGAGAACGCCAGACAGAACCAGAACGAAAUGGUCAACCGCCCACUCGCAGAGCCGCAGGACGCCACUAUGACUAUAACAUUACCCUUCCAGAAUCAGCCUUGAAAAUAAAAAUAAUCAUGCCUUACAGAAGCCUUAUUAAAACACUCCAAGCGAGCCGGAGGAUUUCAGCUGCUUUGAUCGACAUCACCAUGGUUUUGCAUUGACUGAAGGAGCACGGCGGAGUCUGUAGUUAUUUAAGAUUCAAAUCGCUGAGCAAGUUGAAAACGUACAUUCAAUUUGGUUCUCGUACAAAUGCGUAUUUGUGUUCUGCUUAGUUGUUUUGGUUCUAAUGCUAAAUUAUGUCUAGUUUACAAACUCCUCUCUUUUUUUUCAGCAGCACUGUCUGUUUGUUUUCUAUCGAUGUGUUACCCUCUGAGCAUGUUUCAAUUUAACGCUGUGAUGACUAUUCUCCUGUGAAAAUUUGUUACCAAUUAUUGUGUAUAACACACUUUAAUAUAUGAAGAGCGCUGUGUCUUUAUGUGAGCAAAGCUGUGAUUUCCUACUGUGCUUGAAGCUUUGAAGAGUACUCUUUGAUUAUGCUCCUCAGCUUCGCUUAACAAGCUCUUUAAAAAAUAUGCUUACGUUAAGUACUGAAUGUUCUUGCUUUUACCUCUGUUUUUAAACUCUGAUAUUCUCUGCCGUUUCAGAAAGUCUUGAGAUUAUUUAAUUGGCAAGUUUUAUAUCAAUUACUACAUUGCAAAAACAGAGUUAUACAGAAAAUCUCAGAUUACAGACAACCAACAGUUUAGUGAGUAUUGUUCUUGUGCUGCCCUAAAGGAAUAUUCUGGGUUCGGUACAAGUAAAGCUCAAUCAACAGCAACGGGGAUACAAUGUCAAAAAUAGAUAUAUAUUUUGAACAAUACCUCAUGGGUUGGGUGAGGGGCCCAAAAUUGAAGUAAAUGGUGUCAAUAAUGGGGACGUAAAUGUUAAAAUAAUCACUGUGUCAACAGUAAAGACACAAGAGAUUUUCAAUUAUUUCAUAUUUUUUUAGUGUGGAGGAAAUUAUUUUUUAACCAUUUCUGUGUAAAGUUAUAUCGGUUUGUUUCAACAUGACAAACUCUAAAACAACCAUAAAAUGAAAGCAAAUAUGGGUAUAAUGUCAUGAGAACAAAUUCACAGUUCAAAUAACACAGAUGUCAACAAAUUUGUGCUUAUAUGAAGUUAUAAAUUUAACAUCUAAACUAUUAAAGUCUGAAAAACUGGCAAUUCAGUUUGGACGUUUGGAAAUGUCUUACCACAAUCUUGUUUUUGAGAGAGAGAGAGAGAGAGAGAGAGAGAGAGAGAGAGAGAGAGAGAGAUGGCAAGAUUAUAUUUUGAUAAUCAAAACAAAUGCUGCAGAUUCAUCUUAGCUUGUACAGAACCUGGAAUAUUUUUUUAUCUGUCUUCAGUUCAUUUAUUAUGUAUAAUAUACUGUAGCUAUACAGC